CUUACUUGCAAAACAAGAACAUGGAGACGAACGGACUGAUGACUCGAUAUUUGCACAUGUUUUUCCCUCUGCUUCUUGAUCGUUUAAGCUUGCAUUAUCGAUUCUUUGGCCUAUUUUAAGCUAGGUUGUGUUCCUUUCUGACAUUUCAGGUCCUAGCACAUAAAGUGAAGCAUAGGCGCAAGUUUCAAGUCAAUCGGAGAUCAAUUGGCAACUCGGGGAACGAAACUCGGGCAUGACAUGAAGAAGAAUGGAUUUCUACCUCACUUUGUGACCAUAGAAUCAUGUAAGCUUGUCAUGAGAAGAAAGAGGACGAGACUACGAGCGUCUGGGAUCAAAUGGCACCUGAUUUGGAGUCCGAACGAGGGAGAAACGAAGAAUCAAAGAUAGGGCACCCGAAACUGCAAAAUACCCUACCGGGUAUUUUGACCAUCUGAUAGGGUAUUUUUGGCAGCAUCAGAAGGCCCCCCGGUCAAGACCCAAAAAUACCUGACCGGGUAUUUUUGCUUUUGCCCAGAAAAGUGACCCAGAGCAUUUUGUUGAUACCCAACCGGUUUCUUGAAUACACGACCGGGUAUUUGGACCGGGUUUCGCAAACGCAGGCUGUUAAAAGCCUUGUUUUGUGCGUUUUUGGAGUGGGAGAGCGGGGUUUUGGUUCUCAAACACCCAAGGGACGAACCAAAGAUCGAUAGAGAGGGUGAUUUGAGGGCAAUCUUGGAGGAUUUCUUCGCCUUGUAAGCUCGAGGAACAAGCCCAGACAUUAAGAUUGAAGAUCUGAAAAGUUAUACUGCAUUCUCUCUCUUCUCUAUGAAGUAAAUUCCCUUCACUUAGGUUUUAAGGAACCCUAGAUUUGUAUGCUAGGAAGAGUUGUAUGAACUCGAAUUCAUAAUUGAUUGAAAUUCUAUAUUCAGUUGAGGUUUUUAUUCAGAAUUGCUUGAGUCCUGAUCAAAUUCUCGUGAUUCCUGCUUUGACCUAGAAUGAUAGCCUUUGCAUAGGUUGAAAGAGCAUCCUGAAUUGGAAGUGGUGAAUCGACGACUUUAGUCGAGAAGUCGAUUCACUACUCUGUACUGGAGUUAAAAUCCAGUAGAGGAAGUUUUGUGUGAUAGUGCCUCAGUUAGCUUUCGUCGGUGGAGGUUAGUCACCCGCCGGGUGUUCGAACUGAGAGGGUACGGAACACUUUAGUCGAGACUCCAGACUGUUUGAGAACUUUCCGCGGUGUAGAUGUCAGUUGAAUUGAAUUUGGUGAAUUACAAUUUGGCCUAACUGCAAUCUAGGGGGAAUCAUACCCAACUGAGUUCCCAACUUCUAAUUGGAUUAAUUUUUAACUGUACGUAGUUUGUUAGAGUAGUUUUAGUUCUUCCAUCUUAAUCUGGUUUGCUAGAUAAUGAACUGAAGCUGAGUAAUCGUAACUCUAAAGACCCGUGGAUUCGAUAUUUAUUACUUGAGUCACUAUAUUGCAGUCUCUUUCAUUGGUUACACUUGGCCAUUGUUAGGAGUUGUGUCAUAGCGAGUCACGGACCCAAAAUGGAUUACUCCACCAGUCUAUCGACGCUAGUUUCUUUCCAUUCUUUUGAUUCAGACAAUAUUUACAUACUUAUUGAGUCGUCAUUUUGAUUGCCUAAGUUGAGUGGAAACUGGGAUUGGGGAAAUUCUCUUGUCUUGCAAAAGUACUACAGAAGUUGGAGGAAACUCGGAUGGACACGCAAUACAAAUUGAAUUGUCGGUUGAUUCAUCUAGUGUUGACCAUGCCCGUUUCAACGACUACCAUAGAGAGCACAUUUUCAGCAAUGAAACAUGUAAAACGGAUUUGUGCAACAAAAUGAACGAUUAAUUUUUUGUUGAUUGCUUAGCUAUUUUCUUUAAGAGAGAAUAUGAUAUUGGUAUGAAUGAAGAACCUAUUAUUGAUGAAUUUAUUAUAUUAAAAAUUCUUCUUGUACAAUUGACAUUGUAAUGAAUACUAUAAUUAUUAUAUAUUUUUGUUUACGGUAACUGAUAUUACAUUCAAAUGCGAGUUAGUGCUUUACUAUGUCCUAAUUUGUCACUGGGUGAUCAUCCAUGUGAUUCUCGUUUAUAUGCUCAUGGUCACCACUCACCUGUUCCAUUAUUAUUAUUAUUAAUCUCAAACUCCUUCAAAUAAAUUUAGUAAUGAAAUUGGAUAAUUUGAAAUUAAAUUACUCUGCCAGCUACCUAAUUUUCAUUUAUAGGAAUUAUUUAAAUACUCCACGUGCAUUGCAUGGGUAUAUAAAUUCAUAUAGUCGCUUCUGGACAGCUAGCUAUCUGUGAUUAUUAUGAUUAUUCCUUAUUCACUAUGUAUAAUAACCAAACUUUAUACGUACACUCAAGUAGUCACGUUUCCCUUAGGGAGCAGCGCCAUCCAGCCAGCCAGCGCAUCCAUCCCCAUAUCCCAUCUCCUAAACAGUCUCUUAAACAAUACUUUAGGAAUUAUCUCGACGUAUGUAGAACGCCGUUCAAUAUUUUAUGAUGGAAAAUGAUUAAAGCAAAACCAUAAUGCCUCGCUAGUACCGAAUAGCGAUUCAUAUAUAUGAAGAUCAGCAUGCGUCCUCUUUCAUAUACCGUUGCGAUAGAGAGAAGGAAAGAAAGGAACAAGUAAGCAGAUACUAAAGAGAGGGAAAGAAACGAGGGGAAAAAAAAAAAGAAUAAGGGCGAUGGCGAUAGUUGCCGGACUUCCACAGUAUGUGGUGCUCCGAUCAAGGAGGGACGGGGAUUACAUGCACUAUCUGUGGAACGAGGAGUUCGGCGAGAUGCAAAGGUGCAUGGGGGCUAAGCGGGAGGUGGAUCCGGUGAGCCCGUUCGUGAAGCUGGAGGUGGUCCCUUCCGCCAUCAACCCUUCAUCCUACGUCCACCUCCGCUGCUCCUACAACAACAAAUUCUUGCAGCUUAAGCAUAUGACGUGGUAUUGGGUGGCUGCCAUCGCCGACGCCCCGAACGAGAACAUCUCCGAUGCAGUCAACUGCACCCUCUUCCAGCCCUUCUUCCCCUCCGACCAGCCGCCAAACACCGUGGGGUUUAACUACGUCCCCAACCAGAAGCGUGUCUACCUUGCCAACGAGAGUGCCGGCAACCCGGACAUGUUCCGAGUGGCACUGGUGUACGGCCCCGAGGAAGCAUGGACUAGUUAUUUCGAGUUUGCGCCUUGGGAGUCGUACGAGGACAAGAUGAGGGCCAAAGACGACGUGAUCCAGGCCCGAGAGGCCGAUAUCGCCAGGCUGGCGGCCCAGGUGGCUGCCAAGGACAAGGAGAUCUACAACCUCGGGGCCCAGGUGGCUGCAAAGGACGGGGAGAUUCGGGGCCUGCAAGAGGUGGUUCGUGCUCGGGACCAGGAGAUCGCGAGUCUGGAUGCUCAGGUCGCCGCCAAAGACGAGGAGAUUCGCGAUUUCCAAGGCCAGCUGGCUGAGAAGGAGGAAGAGAUCCUAAACCUCCGAGGCCAGGUGGCGUCCUGGGAGGCGUACGAGGAGGAGAUGAAGGCGAAGCUGGAGGCCGAGAUGCUGACACUGCAGUCUGGGGUGGGUCUGGCUUGGGACUCCUUCGACGGGAACGUCACGGCCGGGAUUGGCCCGAAAUCGAUCAUCGGCCUAAAGAUUAAUUAAUGCUGAUAUUAUGUGUAAUAAUAAAUUGAGCGAUCAAUUAAUUGACGAGCUACAUGUCACGUCAGAUCGAUCACCGUCCUUGUGUAUGCUUUUAAGGACAGUACGUAACGUCUGUAGUACUGAUCUCUUCCUAAUUUGAGUUUAUUUCCUCUCUCGUGUCAUCCUCUUUAUGUUAGAUGUUGAUCCGAUCAAGUAAGCCGUGUGUUAAUUGUUUAGCAUUUUCAAUAAGAAUACUUUUCGGGG